AUGGCCUCGCUCAUGGACUGGUUCCGCAGGGGCCGCUCGGGAUAUGCGCCUCUUUCGGGCCCCAACGGGGUCCCUGAUCAGAACACCCGGCCGAUGGGGACUCGACGCGCUACGAAGAUUGCCGGCCUCACGCUGAUAGUGAUUGUGGUGGGCUAUCUGGCCGUCAACUUCAUCUACCAAUGCGGCACUUCCAUCUCCCACUCCUGGGGCCAGUACUCGCCCUACUUCUCGGUGCCGUCCGAGAUUGACGCCUCCAUCCCUGAUGACUGCGCGUUGACCUUUGCCCAAGUCCUCUCCCGCCACGGGGCGAGAGAUCCAACCCACGGCAAGACCCUGCUGUACAUCAUCCUCAUCAACAAGAUCCAGCAGGCCGUCGCCUCCGGAUCGAGCUCUUACGGCCCGGGCUUUGAGUUCCUUCGCGACUACAACUACCAACUGGGCUCAGAUCAGUUAACCCGCAUGGGCCAGCAACAAAUGGUCAACUCGGGACUCAAGUUCUACGACCGCUACCGCUCUCUCGCCCGCGAUUCCAUCCCCUUCGUCCGCGCCGGCGGCCAGGACCGCGUCAUCCACUCCGCCGAGAACUUCACCCAGGGCUUCCACGCCGCCCUGCUCGCCGACCGCGACUCCACCGCGCGCCCCCGCCUCCCCUACGACAUGGUCGUUAUCCCCGAGACCCCCACCACCAACAACACCCUCCACCACGGCCUCUGCGACGCCUUCGAGCGCGGCCCCUACUCCACCAUCGGCGCCUCCGCCCAAGCCACCUACCUCGCCACCUUCGCGGAGCCCAUCACCAUCCGCCUCAACGCCAACCUCCCCGGCGCGAACCUCACCGCCGACGAAGUCAUCUCCCUCAUGGACCUCUGCCCCUUCGAAACGGUCGCUUCCCCCGGCGGCGCCACGCCGGCCCCCUUCUGCCGACUCUUUACCCCCGCCGAGUGGCGCCACUACGACUACUUCCAGUCCCUCGGCAAAUGGUACGGCUACGGGCCCGGCAACCCGCUCGGCCCCACCCAGGGCGUCGGCUUCGUCAACGAGCUGCUGGCCCGCCUGACGCGCCGGCCCGUCCGCGACGGCACCAGCACCAAUCGCACCCUGGAUGGGGACGCCGAGACCUUCCCGCUGGAUCGGGCGCUGUACGCGGAUUUUAGCCACGAUAAUGAUAUGAUGGGGGUGUUGGGGGCGCUGGGCGUGUAUGAUGGGGUGGAGAUGCUGGAUAAUAGCACCAGGCAGGAGCCGGCGGAGAGUGGGGGGUAUGCGGCGGGCUGGGCGGUACCGUUUGGGGCGAGGGUGUAUGUCGAGAAGAUGCGGUGUGGGGUGGAGGGGGAGGAGAAGGUCAGGGUGCUGGUGAAUGAUCGGGUUAUGGCGUUGAGGGGGUGUGGGGCGGAUGAGAGGGGGAUGUGUGACCUGGGACGGUUUGUGGAGAGCAUGGCGUUUGCGAGGGGGGAUGGGAGAUGGGAUUUGUGCUUUGAUUGA